GCCGGGGUGAGCGGGGGCGUGUUGACUUUCCGGGGACGGCUCUCAUGGAGGCUCGGGAAUAGCGAGGCGUCUGAAGGGGCUCGCCGGCCGCCGCCAUGUUCGGCUGCCUGGUGGCGGGCAGGCUGGUUUCCAUGAUCCUGGGGUUGUGCCAGCCAGGUGGUCAACAGCCACUUCUUAGUGACUUGGCAACCUCUUCUGCACCCUACUUUCCUCCUACGCACAUGGGGAGCGAAGGUACAAGCUGCACCCCAACAAGUGGCUGAAGACAAAUUCGUAUUUGAUUUACCAGACUAUGAAAACAUCAACCAUGUAGUGGUCUUCAUGCUGGGAACUAUACCAUUUCCAGAUGGAAUGGGAGGAUCUGUCUAUUUUUGUUACCCAGACCAGAGUGGGAUGGCAGUGUGGCAGCUACUGGGGUUUGUCACUAAUGAGAAGCCAAGUGCCAUCUUCAAAAUUUCUGGUCUGAAAUCUGGGAAGGGAAGUCAACACCCCUUUGGUGCCAUGAACCUCCCACAGACUCCAACAGUGGCUCAGAUUGGAAUCUCAGUGGAACUGCUGGAGAACCUGGCCCAGCAGACUCCUGUUGCAAGUGCUGCUGUGUCAUCAGUAGAUUCAUUCACAGAGUUCACUCAGAAGAUGUUGGAUAACUUCUAUAAUUUUGCUUCCUCGUUUGCUGUUACUCAGGCACAGAUGACCCCAAAUCCUUCUGAAGCUUUCAUUCCUGCAAAUGUAGUUCUGAAAUGGUAUGAAAACUUCCAGAGACGUCUGACACAGAACCCUCUCUUUUGGAAAACAUAAGCUUAAAUUCUGUCAUUUGGAGUUCUUUCUAAAGUGUUACCUGAAAGCUGCAUCAAGUAACUCUACUGAAGAUUGUCAGGGGGGAGGAGGGGAAAAACCCGAACAAUUAGUCUGAAUAGACAAACCAGUAACUUUUAUAUUACUCUUGAACAAUAUUUAAAAUUAAAAUCAAUGAAAAUGA